AACGAAGAAAGACAGAAGGUAGGGGAGUCACCCAUGUCCAGAAUCUCUCUUUUCUCCUCCUCUUGCUACAUUGUCUUAACUUGACAAAUAUAUAUCAGCCCGCGUCACUUACAACUUCUUGGUUCCUUCCAAAGCCUUUUCUUCACCCAUAUCUAUCUCAUAUAUAUUCCCCACAACUUGUUAUACUAGUGCAUGCUUUGAAUUCGCAAGAAAAAGUAGCACUUACCUCAACCCACACCGUCUUUGGCUCUUCAACAUAGCACCUGCAUCUUCAAAACCCAAUCUUGUUUUAUUUUUAUGUUAUUCAAUGGGACCCAUUAGAGGGUUCAAGAAGAGGAAGAAGGCAGAAAAGAAAGUUGACCAAAAUGUCUUGGCUGCUUCGUUGCGCUCCCAACCCCAGCCCUUGGAUUGGUGGGAUGACUUCUCCCAGAGGAUUACUGGGCCUUUAUCUCAAUCAAAGAAUUCAAAGAAAUUUGAAUCUGUUUUCAAAAUUUCAAGAAAGACAUUCAACUACAUUUGCUCACUUGUGAGGGAUGAUAUGAUGGCUAGGCCUUCAAACUUCAAUGACUUAAAGGGCAGGUCUUUGUCUUUAAAUGACCAAGUGGCCGUUGCUCUUAGGAGACUUAGCUCUGGUGAAUCAUUAUCAAGCAUUGGUGAGUCAUUUGGGAUUAACCAAUCAACAGUUUCCCAAGUAACGUGGAGGUUUGUGGAAGCAAUGGAAGAAAGAGGGCUUCGCCAUCUUCAUUGGCCUUUAACAGAAGCGGAGAUGGAAGAGAUAAAAUCGAAGUUUGUGAAAAUCCGGGGCCUUCCAAAUUGUUGCGGUGCAAUUGACAUAACACACAUCAUGAUGACUCUGACUACAAUGGACUCGGCAGAUGAUGUCUGGCUUGAUCGUGAGAAAAACUGCAGCAUGAUCUUGCUGGCAAUUGUGGACCCAGAUAUGAGAUUCCGCGACAUAAUUACCGGGUGGCCAGGAAGUCUGAGUGAUGACCUUGUCCUCCGUAGCUCAGGUUUCUACAAACUUUCUGAAGAAGGAAAGAGGUUGAAUGGAAAGAAAGUGGAGAUCACUCAAGGAUUAGAGUUAAGGGAAUAUAUAGUAGGGGAUGCAGGGUUUCCACUUUUGCCGUGGCUCCUUACUCCUUAUCAAGGAAGAGGCCUCUCGGAUUUUCAGUCCGAGUUUAACAAACGGCAUUUUGCAACCCGAAUGGUGGCGCAGAGGGCGUUGGCCAGGUUGAAGGAGAUGUGGAGGAUAAUUCAAGGAGUAAUGUGGAAGCCUGAUAAGCACAGAUUGCCGAGGAUCAUUCUUGUUUGUUGCAUACUGCACAACAUAGUUAUUGAUUUGGAGGAUGAGAUGCAAGAUGAAAUGCCCUUGUCUCGUCAUCAUGAUUCAAGUUACCAACAACAAACUUGCCAAUCUGCCGACAACACUGCCGUUAUCAUGAGAGAAAAGCUCUCUCUCUACUUAUCUGGAAAAUUGACAACUUGAAACCGUCCUUCUUUCUCCACCCUCUGGACCAGUGUCUAUGAUUUUAUUGUUAACUACUCUGCCUUUUUCUUAGUUGAACUGGGAAAUUAUACUUGUUAGCUUAUGUUCUUGAACAUAUAUUAAAUGAUAAUUAUAUCUGAAUCUCUCUCUCUCUCUCUCAAA